GGCCUCGAGCCGACGCUUGCGCGGUAGCCCUUUCCCCUUCCACCCGCCCGCUCCCCGCCAUGAGGCAGUUCAAUGGCUCCCCUGAGGUGGAGGAAGAGAAGGAGGAGGAGGAAGAAGAUGAAGACUGUCCCGAGCUGGUUCCCAUAGAGACGCAGGAGGAGGCGUCUCAGUCCCCGGGCUCUGGCGCUAAGAUCCCAGUCACAAUUAUCACGGGCUAUUUAGGUGCUGGGAAGACGACUCUUCUUAAUCAUAUUUUGACAGAGCAACAUGAUAAGAAAAUAGCGAUUAUCUUGAAUGAGUUUGGAGAAGGGAGUGCAUUGGAGAAAUCCUUAGCUAUUAGUCAAGACGGAGAACUCUAUGAAGAAUGGUUGGAACUCAGAAAUGGCUGCCUCUGCUGCUCAGUAAAAGACAAUGGCCUGAAAGCUAUUGAAAAUUUGAUGCAGAAGAAGGGAAAAUUUGACUACAUACUGUUAGAAACUACUGGAUUAGCAGAUCCCGGUGCCGUGGCUUCCAUGUUUUGGGUUAAUGCUGAAUUAGGGAGUGACAUCUAUCUUGAUGGUAUCAUAUCUCUGGUGGAUUCAAAAUAUGGACUUAAGUAUUUAACAGAAGAAAAAGCUGAUGGACUUGUCAAUGAAGCAGCCAGGCAGGUUGCUUUGGCUGACCUUGUAAUCAUCAACAAAACAGACUUGGUUUCAGAAGAAGAACUGAAUACAUUAAAAGCAGCUGUCAGGUCAAUAAAUGGAUUAGUAAAAAUUUUAGAAACCCAAAAAUCAAGAGUUAAUCUUUCUAAUGUACUCGAUUUACAUGCUUUUGACAGUCUCUCUGGGAUAAGUUUUCAGAAUAAACUUCAACUUGUGCAAGCAAGUCAUCCACAUCUAGAUAUGAGUAUUGUUACAGUCACAUUUGAAGUACCCGGAAAUUCAUCUGAAGAAAAUCUAAAUGUUUUUAUUCAGAAUCUUCUCUGGGAAAAGAAUGUGAAAAAUAAGGAUGGUUGCUCCAUGGAAAUCAUACGACUCAAGGGGCUGGUGUCUUUCAAAGACAAAUCGCAUCAAGUGAUUAUCCAAGGUGUCCGUGAAUUAUAUGAUCUGGAAGAUACCCCCGUGAAAUGGAAGGAGGAUGCUGAGAGAACUAAUAGAUUGGUACUGAUUGGCAGGAACUUAGAUAAGGAUAUCCUUCAACAACUAUUUAUAGCUACUGUGGCAGAAACAGGAAAGCUGUUGACACUGUAUUACAAAGAAGAUCAAGUCUGCAUUUAACACCAAAAGCAUUUCUAAUCAAAAAAGGUGGAUGAUACACCGCGCAAUAAAUUUCCUGUUGUACAGUUAAUGCAUCUAUCUCCUCUUCCUCCAAGAUCGGUGUAAUUUCUGCUCUGAAUUCCAAACUGGUGUUUGAAGUAUUUUCUUUUAUGUAAUACAUGAAAUAAAAUACUGGAAAUUGGCACUGUAAAAAUGUUGGCAUUGGUACAAUGCAAUAAUAACAUCUUGUAACAUGCACCAAAAAUUUCUAAGUCGAUAAGGUGUUCACUUGUUAGAAGUUGCUUCUCAGUGGCAACUGAGAGUGGAUAUAGAGCAGAGUUAUGACUUUCUUACCCUGAGAAGUUGUUUAUAAUACAAAUACAUUUUAUUUCUAUUGCAGUUUUUCAGUCUGGGAAUUCAAAUUAUUUCAUGAAUAUUGUAUCAGUUCUUAUAACACUAUUAAUAAAAGUCUUGUAUUUAUGGAUAACA